GAUAAGCUGAGGCGACUAUCUCCACCGCCUGUCACACCCUUCUCCCUCAGCAACCCUCCCACGCAUCUCCGGACUAUGUCGAGAGAACGCGAAAUGAACCCAUAUACGACACUAGAAGGGAGAAGCGGAUCUAAAGCAGGAGGCCCUCGCCGCGCGGGCAGCGGGCCAGGGCUCCAUGAGGCAGGCAGCUCGAAAGGCAGCCCCUCCGCGGAAGCGACAGGAGCGUGAAGGUCCCUCCUUUCCCCUACUCCUCAGCGGGGUGCGCGCGCAGGAGGCGGGAAGAUUUUGUUUCCCCCCCCCUCAGUUUAACCUCGACGGCUGAGGCGCCCAGGCUCGGCGGGCCUGAGGAGAAGCAGGCCGGGCUGUUCUGGCUUGGCUUGGUUUGGCCAUCUCCGGAGAUGCGGCUGCCGUGCGAGGUGUCGGUGGUGAGCCGCCUGCUGCCCUCGGCGGGGCUCCGGGGGCCGGGGCGCUCCGUCAGGGCUGUGGUCGCCCUCGGGAAGCCGCCCGGAGGAGGAGGAGGAGGAGGCGGCGCCUGGCUCCUGGUCAGCACCGCCCGUCACCGCCCUGGGACCAAGUACCAGUUGAGAGAGAACAUAGGACAACUUUUUACGAAGUUCGUGGAGGAAGGAAAAGCCACCAUACGGUUGAAGGAGCCAGCAGUGGAUAUCUGUCUCAGCAAGGCAAAUGUCAGUCAGCUGAAGACUUUCCUGUCUGCAGUGAAGCUGGCUGACCGCAGCACCAAUGAGGAGACCUUACCACUGUCUACCUUGGUCCCACCGAAGGCUUCUGAAGUGGAGAAACCAAAGACGAAGAUGACCAUAACCUCAAGGAAGGAUUAUCCGUUAACCCGGAAUUUCCCGCACACUCUAGAACAUCUCCAAGCCUCUUACUGCAGAUUAGCCCGCAUUGAUAUGCGUAUGCUGUGCCUGAAAAGCCUCCAGAAACUGGACUUGAGCCACAACCAUAUUAAAAAGUUGCCGGCAACUAUUGGGGAUCUUGUUUGCCUUCAGGAGUUGAAUCUACAAGACAACCACCUGGAGUCCUUCAGUGUGGCUCUCUGUAACUCCACCCUCCAAAAGUCACUCCAGUCUCUGGAUCUCAGCCAGAAUAAAAUCAAAGCACUUCCAGCACAGUUCUGCCAGUUACGGGAGCUCAUUCAGUUGAAGUUGGAUGACAAUGAACUAAUUAGGCUGCCAUUCAGGUUUGGUCAACUGAGUCAGCUUCGCUUCUUGUUUGUGGCUCGUAAUAAGCUCCCGUUUUUACCCAGUGAUUUUGCAAAACUCUCCCUCGAGAGCCUGGAUCUGUUUGGCAAUCCAUUUGAGCAGCCCAAGCCACUUGUUCCUGACAUGCAGCUAAAAAUACCAUUGACUUUAUUAGAAUAUUCUGCCAGAGCAACGAUCAAUUACAGGCUUCCUUAUAGCUGCCACAUCCUUCCUUCUCACCUCUGUUACGAUCUGGAGAUGUCAAAGAGCUGUCAGUGCGGGCAGGCCUGCCUGAGUUCCUUCAUUCAGACAACAGUGACCAUGAAUCUCCACAGGGUGGCACACACAGUUGUCCUUGUGGAUAAUAUGGGAGGCACAGCAGCCCCAAUCCUCCGCUACUUCUGCUCUCUGACUUGCUAUUCCCAGUUUCUGGAUAGGCAUCUGUAAAGCAUCCGGUGACCUUAAGCAGACACACUGUGUGGUCUGAGCAGCUUCAGCCAGCAUCGGAAGCAGAAGACACACACUGUCUUGAGUUCUGUCUGCUAUCGAAAGCAAUGAUGGAGCACUACAGAGGCAUUACAGAGCCAACAGAUCUGCAAACUGUCUCUUAGACCUUUCCUUUUUUUAUCAUCCAGAAAGAGGAAGGAAUGCAGGCUUGGCUUCUAAAUAGAAUGCAUCUUGGUUUAGAGGAGGCUGCCUGUUUUGUCUAACACUCUCAUGACUGUCAUAGUUCAGGGAAACUCUUUGUGUGAGGGCUACAGGUUCUGUUACGAUGCCAAGUCUAUGUUCCUAUGUUACAGCUGUCUGAUGCUAUGAAUGGGAACAGCUGGAGGACUCCUAAAGUCGUGUUUCUAAGUGAGAACCUGCUUUUCUCCUUCCAUAUAAGGUCACUGUUCCCACUUUAAAAAUGAUUAGUGGUGCUUUUCUGAUUUAAAACAGCUGGUGUUCAAAAUAAGUCCAGAAGAUUGGCUGCAGUGGAGCAAGAAAAUAUGUCUCUCUGGACAGCAGGCCACACUCUUGGAUUCGUUCUGAAAAGCUCCCAAGUUAUUUCAGCAGUGUUUUAAGAACUGUUCCCUGAAAUGGUGCUUACUCUGAACACAACAGUAUUAUGAGUUUAAGAAAAAAUCAGUGCAAACUUUGUGCAAUUUUUAUACCUUUAUAUAAAAUUUGUCAAAUGAAAGUCUGCCAUGCUUA